UUGAAGGAGUUCUUCACAGUCCUCAAUGUAGAGAGUGUUGUACAGCUUCUUACAUGUGUACUGCUUGAAAACCAAAUUAUUCUAGUGUCUAGUGAUUACUACAAGUUGAUGCUGGUCGCGGAGAGUAUAUGUGCGUUGAUGUUUCCAUUUGUUUGGCAACAUGUUUACGUGCCGAUCUUACCUGCCUCUCUUCAUCACUUCCUUGAUGCCCCGGUGCCUUUUAUCAUGGGCCUCCAGUGCUCCAAUGACUCAAGGGAUACAAUACAGAUACCAAAUGAGGCAAACCUGUGUUUGGUUGAUGUUGAUGAAGGCACAGUAGAAGUACCUGAAGAUCUUCCUCAGUUUCCUCACAAAGUAGACUUCAUUCAUGAACUCACACAGUUACUUCUAAAGUGGGAAGUUCCAGCCGGUAAACUGGAUCGGAACUUGAACGAGCAUCACUCUCAGUACAAGUACCGCAGGAGACGGAAGUGCUCCUGGUCCCACGACUCGGACUCAGGCGUGUCCAGCACAGAGGGAUCCAUCAGUGGGUCUCACUCUUCCAUCACUUCCCUCCCUCCUUCUUCAGUAGCUUCUUCCACCUCCCCUGCACAAGGUCCCCCGAGUAGUAGCAGAAGUCACCAUUUUGACACCCUGCACCUUUCACCACAGCUUAGGAAAUUACAGCAAUUGCACGGAAGGCCGGUGUAUAUGAUGGUGAUGAAGUUGAUGGAGUCAGACGGGAGCGAGAGAACGAGAUGUUAG